AUGUUGGCAAAAUUUGAUAGCCUGAAGAACCAUGUGCAAAACAUCCACACAGGGCACUCUGAACAUUUCAAGGAAUGUUUACAUGCACCCAUACAAGAGGAUGGCAGGAGAAAGAAAUGGCUAAAACCAGGGUCAAAGGCUUGUGAGAAGCUGUGUGACCUACUGGAGAACACUCGCUUGCGGAAGGACAUACAGAAGCUCAGCCCACAUGCACAAACAUCAGGAGUAGAGUCGUUCCAUGCAACAAUACUUCACUUCGCACCUAAAUUGCUUGGGUAUUCGUACAAUGGCAUGUUAAGCAGGGUAAUUUUGGCUGUAUUACAUUACAAUGAAAAUGCUGGACGGACAGCAGCGAAAGAUAUGGAUGGAAAUGAACGGUUCUCGUUCGAGUUUCCUAGAGUGUGGAUACACACUAAAGAAAGUCUUGACAGAUGCAACAUUUGGUGA